UCCUCAGCUGUUUUGCAUUCCUGCAAAUGGUCACACUGUUUUGAACGCUGAUUAUUUAAUAAACAUUUCGAAAACUUUAUAAAAUAAAACUACCUAUCCGGAAUGAGACACGUGCAGUUUCUGGCCCGCACCGUUCUGGUGCAAAACAAUAAUGUGGAGGAGGCGUGUCGUCUGUUAAAUCGCGUGCUGGGAAAAGAAGAACUGCUCGACCAAUUUCGCCGCACGCGAUUCUACGAAAAGCCGUAUCAGGUUCGUCGUCGUAUCAACUUUGAGAAAUGCAAAGCCAUUUACAACGAGGACAUGAACCGAAAAAUUCAGUUCGUACUGCGCAAAAAUCGCGCCGAACCUUUUCCUGGAUGCAGUUAAACUAGUUUUUGUGGCAAUAAAAUGUAGGAAUUAAAUAAAUUGCUUAUUUUCUAAUAA